AUGCAGCGGUUAGUUGGUUUUGUUCUGGUCUGCCUACUUGCAGCCGUCUGCACAGCACAAGACAUCGAGGAUUUGCCUGUGGUGCGAGCGAACGUGCCAUCAUUCAAACGUACGCCAUCAGCAAAAUGGAUGCGAUUCGGCAAACGAUCGCCAAACGCAAAAUGGAUGAGGUUCGGCAAAAGAUCACCAGAAGCAAAAUGGAUGCGAUUUGGCAAGCGAUCGGACUACGAAUCCGACGAUGAUUUGUACUGA